GUGGUAUUAAAAAUAGAUGAUGAAGCCUCCAUGCUUGACUUGGCUGCACUGGCCAGAGAUGCUGGGUUGAUUGUGAGUAUAAUCCAGGAUGCCGGCCGUACACAGAUUGCAGCUGGGUCACGCACAGUUCUUGGAGUGGGGCCAGGGCCUGUGGAAUUGAUUGAUACGGUGACUGGACAUCUCAAACUUUAUUAAAUUUAUUUAUCAAUAUUCUUUUUGUGAAUAAAUGUUCAAGAUUAUUUAAUGAGCCAAUAAUUUUACAAUCUAUUUAUUGUCCACAGUUUUGACUUUUCAUCUUGAAUAAAAUAUAAUCCAUU